AUGCAGACAGUUCCAGAUCUCCUAAGAAAAUACAACGAAACUGAUGACAAUGAUGUCAAAUAUAUGCUACUGAGAGAUGAUAUCGUUAUUACCGACAUAUACAAUGACAUCCCAAGGCUAAUAGACGAGCUAUAUAAACCUAUAUUGUUAAGUGAUGCCAAUGGUGAAUUAUCUGAUUUAAUCACUGGUAGUAUUUUACCAGAGUUAGUAUUAACAAAUAUUGAUACUAUUAAUAAUAAUCAAGUAAGAGAUUGUAAUUUCUUCAACAGAUUUAUUGUAGAGAAUUUAAUCCAAGGGAAUGAUGAUAGAGUACUAUUUGCAUUAAAGAAUAUUUUAAAGAAAUUAAUUGAAAAAAAUUGUGCUCUAGUGAAUUAUCACAACAAUUCAUAUUUGAUUCUUGAGAUGUUAGACAAAAUAUCACUUGAGAAUUCAAUUUUGUUUUUGGAAACGUUAAACGUAUUGGUUAAAUUUAUAUUUCAAUUCAAUAAAAAUGAAGUUAUUCCCUCCAACAUGCUUAAUUCUAUUAUUACUUUAUUGUUUAUUGAUGAUAAACGAAGACGAUUAUUUAAUGAAAAACAAUCGACUUCCACUGUCAUCGAAGAAAUCAUUUUACAAAUUUUUAAACAUGCAACGAAAGAAGAUAAUAUAUCUUUUUACAAAUUAAUUAGGAGUGAGAAUAAUUAUAGAUUACUCAGUGUCAUUACGAAGAAUUGGUAUAAGUAUAAUAUAAACGUUGAAAACAAUAUAUUUAAAGAAACCAUCUUGCAAGGAUUUGAAGAUUAUAUCAAUUCUGCAUGUGAGAAACGCGAAAAGAAGAAUAUUGCCGAUAUUUUGACUGUACUAGAGAAUCUACAUUCAUAUUUCGAUACAAAUAUAGUAGAAAUGAGUGAUAGCGAGACUGAUGAACACAUUACCUGCAAUUAUAAUGGCAACCGGAAGUAUAUAAGUCACGAUACAAUUGCCUCUAUAUAUAAUGGACUGGCACAGGUUAAAAAACUGGAGACCGAAUGUUUGAUGCAACAUGAUGCAAAUAUGGAUGAUGUUGUAAUGACUAUUGGUGAUGAACUAGAUGAUGAGAUCGAUGAACAACAACAAGCAUAUCUAGACGAAUUAGAUACAGACGAUGGUGAAAAUGAAGAUGAUGAUGUAAAUGAAGUUGAAGAAAGACAAUGUGAUGAACAGCACCAAAUGAGCAAGAUGAUUAUUGAGAAGAUUGCUUCCAUUCAAGAAACAAUUGAUAAAACCACAAGAAUGCAUCCGAUUGACACUACAGAAUUAAAGGAAUCGCUUGCAAAAAAUAUAAAUGAUCUGGAAGAACUUGAAAUGAUAUUAGAUGGAAUAAUCAGGGAAACCACAAAUGAGAACAAUGCCUAUACGGACACUUUGGUUAAAAUGGCCGAAAUUUAUGAGACGAUCUGUGGUAAUAAUAAGCAAUAUAUCAAGAUUCUUAAGAUUGGGAACUUGAAACAAAGUAUCGAUGAAAGUUAUGGAAUUAAACUUAAAAUUCUCAAUCACGUGAUGUACACAUCACACAGCUACGAAAUGGAAGAGCAUUCACCUGACGCCAACAGAUGCUCGAUCGAAAUGAGGUGGUUGCAUAAUAUAUUACAACACAACUUUAAAAUUAAACCUAAAUUGUUAACAAAUAAUGAUAACGACGAAAAUACUUCUGAUAUUAUCAAAGAUGAAAAUGUGUUAAAUGCAAUUGAAUUGAAUACUCGAUCAAUGAAAAUUAUUAAACAAUUGUUAUUAAAAAAUGAAUAUGACUACGAGUACAAAGAUAAAUUAAAAUGCUUAAAUGAACAAUGGUUUACUAAAUUAAUUAGAAAUUCAAUUGAAGACAAAAUGAAUAAACUAAACGAUCUAUUGAAGGUUGAUAUUCAAGAGGUAGCCAAUGAGUCUAUUACCAACAAAGAACUAUUCACAACCAAAUUGAUUAGUGAUGUAUUAGAAUUAUUAACUAUUGUAGUGUAG